GGGUCAGCUCUCAUAACUUUUUCUGGAGGAGAAAAGAAAGGAACUUGUCUUUGGUAUUUGGAGAUAAGCCUUCCUGGACUGGAACUAGGGAUGGCCCAACCCAGGCUCUCACCCCUCAAGCUUCUUUGGCCCUUUCUGGCUUUUGCCUGCUUCAGCUCAGGAGAGACCCAGGUGGCAAGAUUGAAUGAACCCGCUACCUUUUCGUGUAACUAUGAUAUUCUUGUGAAGGAAUUGGCAAAUUAUCGAGUCUACUGGCAAAAUGCUGAGAGAGUGGUACGGGCCUAUGUACCUGGGAAAAAGGUUGAAGAGCUCAUAGACCCUUCAUAUGUGAACAGGACAACUGCAAUUGAUUUGUCCAAUAACCUCUCUGUCACUAUCCUUUCUCUGCAAGUGUCUGAUGAGGGCACCUAUGAGUGUAUAGUACAGAAAUUGGUAGGAGGACAGUACCAACGUGUCCACAAGCUUGAUGUGAAGUUAUCGAUUAGAGCUGACUUCUCAGAUCCUAUUAUCCUUAUGAAUAAAGAAGAAUUGUCUUUUCCUACUUGGAGAAUAACUUGUUCAUCUAGCAAAGGUUAUCCACAGCCUAAGCUCUUCUGGUUGAAAAAUGGGAAAGAAGUAACUUCCUUCAACACCACCAUUUUGCAAGAUACAACAACUAGGCUGUAUGAUAUUGACAGUGAACUGCAUAUCAAUCGAACCAUCAAUUCCUCUUUCACUUGCUUAAUCAAGUAUGGUGAUUUUCAAGUGUCAGCAAAUCUUACCUUACAAAUGGUCCUACCCACUGUGCAAAGUCGCCAACCACUCAUCAUUGCUUCUAUUGUGACAAGCAUCUGCUUUUUCUUCAUAGCCUUGAUACUGUGUCUGAAACGAUACCACUACCGAUUCUGUAAACAACCAGAGGUUGGCCUUUACUCUGUCCCCCAAGGACCUACUGUGGCGGCCACAGAAGAAGAGGGAAAUGACGUGGUGAUCCCACUAGCCCAUAUUGAACCGGCCUCAACCUCUGGCAAGGCUGCCAGUGUGUGAAGGUCCCACUUGGCUUUUCUUCAGAAUGUCUUGACGUCCAUCCAGACUGUCCUCACCCUUGCCCUGGAUUUAUUUACUCUUUAAUUCUUGGAUGCCUCUCCACCUCCUCUCAGUGGCUUCUCAGUGGCAAGGAAAUAGAAGAGGACAGAGGAAGCAGAAGAACUUCUGAUCACUUUAACCAGCUGCAUUUAUUUUGGAAUUUGUAAGAGCUGGAAAGAAACUGGGACAUCCUCCAGUUUGCCUCAUUUCAUAAAGAGGGACCUAGAGAAUCCAAAGGGCCUGAGCAAAUUAUUUCAAGGUCACAUUAAGUGACAGCUGAGGGACCAGAACCAAGAGUUUCUGGCUGCCACCCCAGAGCUUCUUCCACUACAGCAAGCUAUCUCUCUGUCAUGGAAGUAAUUCUCAGUUGAUCUGGUUUCUGAAUUGAGCCCUGGUGAGAUGUGUAUAUUGCUGCUAAGGAGACAAAAUGCAGUAUAUGAAUCUGAGUGUAUAAAAGAUACUUCAGUU